AUGGUUGAUUUUACGAUGUUUCAGCAAGUCGAUUCACGUUUACAGCAAAUAAUGAAAGUUAAAAAACCAUUUGGUGGAAUAUCGCUCAUAGUUCUGGGAGAUUUCAAUCAAUUAAGACCAGUUGGUGAUAAAUACAUAUUCCAGUAUAACAAUUCUUAUAAUGCAUUGGUAGAUAAUCCACUGUGGUCACUGCUUCGAUUGUUCGAAUUGACAGAAAUCAUGAGACAAAAAGAUGAUAAGCCUUUUGCCAUGGCACUUAGUAACCUAGCAAAAGGAAUGAUGACAUCUGAAGACAUAAAUCUAUUAAAAUCAAGAAUCGUUUCGGUCGACAAACUAGAAGGAACUGAAAAUGCAAUAAGAGUGUUUCGAAGUAAUGCUGAAGUUGAUGCAUACAAUGCAAAAGCAUUGGCUAACCUUAACACCGAAGGUGCAACUGCAAAUGCUUAUGACUUUUGUGUUGACGAUGGACUUGCAUCAAUAAAAGAAAAAGUUUUAAGCAACGUAAAGAACCUCAAAACAACUGAAACUUAUGGCUUACCGCUUAAAAUCGAUUUGAAAGUGGGCGCUAAGUAUAUGAUGACAGUCAAUUUUGAUACUGAAGAUGGAUUAGUGAAUGGUGCUUGUGGAAAGUUAAUAGUGAUUGAUUAUGGGAAGCUUAAAAAAACUAAUGAGACAGUACCAUGUAGAUUAUGGAUUAAAUUCAAUGAAGAAAAACUGGAAGAAUAG